AUGGCCUUCGUCUGGUGGCUCGGCGUGCUCGAUGGUGGCUUGGUGGUGCAGUGCACGUCGAGCGCUCCCCGCACACACACCCGCAGGCACCCGUGGCGGUGCAAAUGGCCGGAUCGCCUCCGAGACGGCGUCGUUUNCCCCUUCCUCUGGCGAUUCUUCUUCGUUUGUUCAUCCUUCAUUUUCUGUACGAGUCCCAUUGCAUCCACUGUUAGAAGAACCCUAAGGAGGAGGUCUCAGAGGCUUUUUCUCUGCAAGGUUCGAGAAAUGCUGGCGGCGGAGGGGGCGUCGAAGCUUCUCUACGUAGUGGUCGUGGAGGAUGGCUCCGCGGCGUCGUCUGAGGCGGCCGCCGGGAAUAAGGGUUCGCCAUCGUUUAGGUACACGCGUUCCGUUCUGCGGAGUACUCUGCAACUCAUGGGCUGCAAGGCUCGUCAUGCCUUUAAGAUUAGCCAAAGGGUAUUUGAUGUGAUGAAACACAAGUACUUCCUGGAGAAGUUCGUCUCAGAAUGUGUAGAGGUUUCACCGCAGGCUGCUAAAUUGUAUUCUCAAGCGGAGAAUAAGUACUAUUUUCCACCCAGUUUGAACAAAGAAGAAGUUGAUCAUUCAUCUGUGGCAGAAGAUGAGAGCAAAAGCAAACCAUUCGAAUUGUACAAAAGACGCACAACCAUGGUUGUUUUAAGAAAAUAUUUUCUAGAUGUCGUUUGUGAUGCUCUCUCAGAGUACAAGUAUGUUGGUCCAAAUCAGAGGGCUGAUCUAGUAUUAGCUUGCAGAAUCAGAGAAAGAAAGGAAUCUGUGACUGUCUUACUCUGUGGUACGAGUGGCUGUGGAAAAUCUACUUUAUCUGCCUUACUGGGUAGCAGGUUAGGUAUUACUACUGUUAUAUCUACCGACUCAAUUCGCCAUAUGAUGAGGAGUUUUUCUGAUGAGAAACAAAACCCAUUACUUUGGGCUUCAACUUAUCAUGCCGGUGAACAUUUGGAUCCAGUUGCAGUUGCAGAAGCUAAGGCCAAGAAGAAAACCAACAUUUCUGCUGCCUCACUAGCUAAAGAUGAAGGGCACAGUAAUCCCAUGAGUGGAAAAUCCGAAGGCAAUGUGAUGGCCUGUGAUUUAGUUAGUCCAAAACAGAUGGCUGUUGAAGGAUUCAAAGCACAAAGCGAGAUGGUAAUUGACAGCCUUGACCGACUUAUAACCGCGUGGGAAGAAAGGAAAGAAUCGGUUGUGGUGGAGGGCGUCCACUUAAGUCUCAAUUUUGUGAUGGGGCUCAUGAAAAAGCACCCUUCCAUCAUACCCUUCAUGAUCUACAUCUCGAACGAGGAGAAGCACCUGGAGAGGUUUGCUGUUCGGGCCAAGUAUAUGACUCUGGACCCGGCCCGCAACCGCUAUGUCAAGUACAUCCGCAACAUCCGCACCAUACAAGAGUACCUCUGCAACCGGGCCAACAAGCACCUCGUCCCAAAAAUCAACAACACGAAUGUCGACCGAAGCGUGGCAAUUAUCCACGCCACCGUCUUCGGCUGCCUCCGCCGGCGGGAGUCCAGCGACUCCCUUUAUGACCCCGUCACAAACACGGUGCCCGCUGUGGAUGAGGAGUACCGGAGCCAGUGUGUGGCCUACUCGUUGAGCUCUAAAGGAAUGUUCCAGCUCAUCCAGAGGCAGGGUUCAACUAGGCACCUCAUGGCCCUCGUCAAUGGCGAUGGCUCUGUGGCCAGGGCAUGGCCUGUCGACGUUGCAGGGGACGGGCGGCACGGGCCCAUGUAUGGCCCACUGCGUGUCGGGAGGGCCGAGCCCGUUAACCUGCAGUUUGGUCACUUUGGGAUUAGUGCUUGGCCCGGGGAUACUGGGGGCACGAGCCACGCCAGCAGCGUUGACGAGUCGAGGGGCGAGCUGACUGAUAAUGGUAGCAGGUACUACUCGUCAUGCGGCAGCUCGCCCAGGAUAUCUGAUGGACCCGCCAAAGAGCUCAAGGAAGAACUGUCUGUGCAUGGUAGUGAUGAAGAGGAGGUCGAUGAGCCGUUGGAGGUAGACAGUGACGACGAUUUUAGUGAUGAGCAGAAGGAACUGCAAGAAGAGCUGGAGGGGUCUGUGGACGAGGAAUCCACAAAAUCGGACGAGGAGUACGAUGAUCUCGCCAUGCAGGACAAACACCAGCCUAAUAAAAACGGGCUCUUUCAUGGAGACAACAAGGACCAACAAAAUCUCGACCAGUUCCCGAGAACAAAAAGCGAGCCUCUGUCGGAUCCGCUAGUGGUGCGCGGUUUUGCAACUCAACUCAGGGACAUAAACGAGAGAAGAGUGCCUCCGCCAGGUGGCAAUUAUAGAGUGAGAAGGCGUUCUCCGAGCAUGCAUCAGCUAUAA